CGUGGUCGUACAGGGAUGACAUGCUCCCGCGGGGAGAUACAGUCUCUUGACUUUACGUGGAGAACAAUCGCGCUUCCGGGACGACUGCUCUCGCGCUGCGCUCUACCUUUCAGAGAAAUCGAGGCAUUUCCAGCUUUUCGAGCCAGCGCCCUGGUAGCUCCAAGGUGUUCAGUUUUAUUUGGAAGAGAUUUUCAGGACUAUAACAAGUAUGUGAACAGCAAGCUGUUUUUGAAAAUGACUGCCAAGUCAAUCAUCCUGGCUGUAGUUGGUUCUGGUGUACUUGGCUUUGCACUAGAUUAUGUGAUUUCUGAUAAGAAGCUAUUUGGAGGGACCACCCCGAGUACUAUGACUCGUCCAGAGUGGUGGGAAGAAACUGACAGGAAGUUUCAAGCUUGGCCUCGCACUGCCGGCCCACCAGUUGUGAUGAACCCGAUAAGUCGCCAGAAUUUCAUCGUGAAGACCCCCAGUCCAGAUGCGUGAUGCUUUCUGGUGUUUUUAUUUGAGAAUCUCGAGUUUCAUGUUCAUAUCUCUUGUUUCACUAGAUAUUUUUUGCCUGGACUUCAGUUACUUGUUAUAUGGAUAGAAAAUCUUCUUUCUAAUAUGAGCUCAGCAGAAUUAUAAUAAUUCGGAAGUAUUUGGCUAUUUUGGCUAAAUCGAAUUUGGUUUUGAGUUGGUGAAUCCUGAUCAAUUGUAUGAAAUUACGAAUGAUGUCAUCAUCUAUGUAUUUCUCGAGUUAUUAGUAUUUGUUUCUUCA